AUGAAUUCCUAUUUUGUCAACUCCUCUUUCCCGGUGACGCUACCGGGAACGGGUGGAAGCGGGCAGGCGGCGGCAGCAGAGUCGUUUUUGGGUCAGAUACCUCUCUACUCAUCGGGAUACGCCGCCGACCACCCGCUUAGGCACUACCCGGGGGCAGCAGCCGUUACCGCAGCCGUGGCAUACAGCUCCGGCGGACCCGGCGCACACCAGGACAAACCGUACCCGGCAUCCACCUACUACCAGCAGGCGGCCAAUGGAGCAUAUACCGGACACCGAGCGACAGCAGCAGCGGCGGGGGUCGGCGUUGGGGGCGCGACCGGAACCGGUGCCUGCGACUACGCCACGGCAGCGGCGGCAGCGGCGGCCGCAGCUGCAGCCACGAGUUUCUACAGGGAUAAGGAACACCCGUGCGCUCUGGAGGAGCAUCAGCUCGCGCUCAGUCAGGACGGCGUGCAGCGUAAAACAGAAUGCGUAGGGCUCAGUGCAAAGGGGCUAUUCGGAGAAACGAUGGAAGACAAACAGUCGGCGUCAGUGCCCAUUUAUCCAUGGAUGCAGCGGAUGAACGCCUGCAACGGGACCUUCAGUAGCCCCGGGAGACGCGGUCGGCAGACGUACACCCGCUACCAGACGCUCGAGCUGGAGAAGGAGUUUCACUUCAACCGGUACCUCACGCGGCGACGUCGGAUCGAGAUUGCGCACGCGCUGUGCCUCACGGAGCGACAGAUUAAAAUAUGGUUCCAGAACCGGAGGAUGAAGUGGAAGAAGGAGAACAAGCUGAUCAACUCCUCUUCUACAUCCUCUUCUUCUUCCUCUACGGCGAACGGUGCAGAUGAAGAGGAGAAACGGACUGAGUAA